CGGGUGAAAGGUAUCCUUAUUGUGGUUGUAUACAUGGACAGAGUAAAGUAGAGGUCUGUGCCAGAAGAAUGAUGAAUGUAAAUAGGUUUGUCGUCCUCUCUAAAUCUGUGAAAGUCGCUAAACGUUUGCUCGCCUGUAAUGUGGGGCAUGCCGGGAAGGAAGUGCUUCGUAUUCAACAGCAGAGAUACUUAAGGACCCACUCAAGAAACCUCGCUUAUGCCAAGGAUUUGUUCCUGGGUCAGGUGAACAAGGCUGAGGUUUUUCCUUAUCCAGAAGUUGGAAAUGAAGAAGCAGAUGAGAUCAACCAGCUUGUUGCACCAGUGGAAAAAUUCUUCACCGAGGAAGUUGACUCAGCAAAGAUUGACCGAGAAGCUCAAAUCCCUCCAGAGACUCUGGAUGGGUUGAAGGAGCUGGGGCUUUUUGGAAUCAUGGUUCCUGAGGAGUACGGGGGUCUUGGAUUGUCCAACACCAUGUAUGCCAGGCUGGCAGAGAUCAUCUCAUUAGAUGGCUCCAUUGCUGUAACACUGGCUGCACAUCAAGCCAUUGGACUAAAGGGGAUUCUGAUAGCAGGAAAUGAUGCCCAGAAGCAGAAGUAUCUUCCCAAACUGGCCUCAGGAGAACACAUCGCAGCAUUCUGCCUCACAGAGCCUGGAAGUGGAAGUGAUGCCGCCUCUAUUCAGACUAAAGCAACCCUGUCAGAAGAUGGAACACAUUACCUGCUCAACGGCUCAAAGUUUUGGAUUUCAAACGGAAACAUUGCAGAUGUCAUGACGGUGUUUGCCAGGACUGAGGUGGCUGUAGAUGGUGUGAAGAAAGACAAGAUAACAGCAUUUAUAGUGGAGAGAGCUUUUGGAGGCGUCACCCACGGAAAGCUGGAGGACAAACUGGGCAUCCGGGGAUCCAACACUUGUGAAGUCAACUUUGAAAACGUCCCAGUGCCCGUGGAGAAUGUAAUAGGGGAAGUCGGAGGUGGAUUCAAGGUGGCCAUGAAUAUCCUGAACUCAGGAAGGUUCAGUAUGGGAAGUUCCUCAGCUGGAAUGAUUAAGAAACUAAUAGAGACAACUUCUGAGUAUGCCAUGACCAGAAAGCAGUUCAACAAAAGCCUGGGUGAAUUUGGUAUGAUCCAGGAGAAGUUUGCACUGAUGGCUCUUAAUGCCUUUGUAAUGGAGAGCAUGGCGUACCUGACAGCAGGGAUGAUGGACAGACCGGGCCUUCCAGACUGUUCUUUAGAGGCUGCUAUGGUUAAGGUGUUCAGCUCAGAGGGGGGCUGGAUUUGUGUUAGCGAAGCUCUACAAAUCUUAGGAGGUCUUGGUUAUACGAAGAACUAUCCCUACGAGCGCUAUGUCAGGGAUUGUCGCAUCCUGCCAAUCUUUGAGGGUACUAAUGAAAUCCUGAGGAUGUACAUCGCUCUGACUGGAAUGCAGUAUGCUGGAAAAGUACUUACAGGAAAAAUAAAGGAGAUGAAGAAAGGAAAUAUAGGUCUGGCGUUGGGGAUGGCGGGAAAGAAACUGAGGACCUCAUUAGGGGCUUCAGUGGACCUCGGCCUGACUGGAAAAGAUGGAGUGGUGCACCCCAGCUUGGCAGAAAGUGCAAAGAAGUUUGAACAGAAUGUCAGCCUCUUUGGAUCGACGGUGGAGAGCCUGCUGUACAGAUACGGAAAGACCAUCGUGGAUGAACAGCUCAUCCUGAAGAGGGUAGCAGAUGUGCUGAUCAACCUCUACGCCAUGACAGCUGUCCUGUCCAGAGCCAGCCGCUCCAUCAGCAUCGGCCUCAGGAACCACGACCACGAGGUGUUACUCGCAAACACAUUCUGCAGCGAAGCUUUCUUCAAGAACAACUAUUGGAUGACUCAGUUGCAAAAACACUCUCCUGAGAACAACGAUGCCAACAUCAAGAAGAUCGCCAGGGAGGUCUUGGAGAACAGAGCCUAUGUCUGUGCUCACCCCCUUGAAAGAACGUACUGAGCCCCGUUGUCACUACAGACGCACUCGGCAUCAUGUCAUAGUGGGGGGCAGGGUAUCCCAUGGGGGGUAAAAGUUCUUUUCCUACAGCCUGACAUGCUGCUCACACACAGAUUUUAAACCCUGAUGCCAAUUGUAAGCUGUAAUGUCCUUCUUUGAGUCAAUACUGUCAACUGACAAAGAUUGGUACAUUAUGGUCCACAUGAUGUUAAAGACUGGAUGAAUGAUCCCUCUCAAUGGCCAGAAGUGUCAUACCCAGAUAUCUUUUGCUAUCUGGUUGAAUCUCUCAGCAUACUAUCUAUUAAUACAAAAUUCAUGAUACCAUAAAACAAUAUAAAAAUGUUAGGAAGAGGUGAAAAUAACUUGCAGCUUCAGCGUUCUCCACUCAGUUCUGUGCUUUGAUUGGAUAACUAAAAUUCAACAGAAUCAGAUUUUACCGUUUAUGAGAAGUGCAGAAGGUUGCCGCAGCAGCUCUUUGGCAUUGGGGUUUGUUACUUCCUCAGCAUGAAGAAGAUGUGAUGUAUUCUGUGUGCUCCCUUGAUGCCGACUAUCUAUAACACAUUUUUUCUCUAUUCUGAUCGGACAAGAUGAGUUAUUCAUAUACACAGUCCCAGUGAUUUCUCUGUGCUCUGCCUCUCAGACUGACUUUUCAUUGACAUCAUGUGUAUACUUUAAAUUAAGAGAUUUCUGUUUUAGUUACUGUUUAUUAUUAAACGUUGAAUCCAGAUAACACCAGAGAUCUGAUGACUUUGUAUGAAGUUUAACCCAAAGUGCUUAUUAAGCUAACUGCUACAGGUAAUUGUUGCACAAGAUGCCUGUUCUAUUCGUCUGAGCCUAUUUGGUAUACAAGAUGCAGUUUUUGUGGGUACUGGCUUCAACAAUAUUCCUUGAAGGCUGGACUUCUGUUAUACGUGCCUUCGUGUCAGGUGCAUCCUUUUGAAAACUCAAGACACUCCUCUCCUCGUCUGUCAGAGGCAGGGCGGUCCGGCUGUACAGGAAUGAAUGCUGCUGGCUGAAUCCACUAUGCGAAGUAGAUCAUAAAAAUAAUACAAAAAAGCAUUUUGAUUAUUAUCUGUACUGCCUCGUUAGUGUUUUUGUUCUUUUUCAAUAAAAAAAUAUAAGCUUAA